AUGACCGCUCAGCCUGAUGCAGAGACAAACAUCUACAGCCCGUCCACCAUGCGGGACAAUGAGGACGCUGACGAAGAAACCAGUCAAGAGGAGCUGCCAAUCACAAGCUGGAACGAGCUGUCCAUCAUAGAGCGUGUCGGCCUCGACAGUGUGGAGCUGUCAGAGAAAGAUUUGGAGGCGGCCUUCUCUCAGAUCGCCGUGGCCUCCCGCUGUGAUCAGUACACCCUGAAGCAGAGGCUGCAGGCGGAGGAGCACGCCCGCAACCUGGCCGAGGACAACAUCCAGCUGGAGCUGACCAGAGGCAGGGAGACGCUGGAGACACUGAAGGACCUGUGUCUGGACAGUAAGCGCAGUAAGAUCCUGCAGAGGCUGGAGCUGUCUCUGGACGUCCUCGGUGGGACCGUGGAACGAAUCUCCAACACGGCGGAGGUGCUCGGCGCUGUGCACCAGGAGGCUCGAGUGAGUCGAGCGGUGGAGCUCAUGGUGGCUCAUGUGGAGAACCUGAGGAGACACCAUGACAGAAACGUGGCAGAGCUGGAGGAGGCCAAGAAGACGAUCCAGCAGCAGAACUCGAGCACCGACCCCAGAGCGUCGCCAGGUCUCUGA